GAAAUUGUGCUUCCGGUUAAAUGUAAACAUUCCAUUUUUGGCAAUUUUCAUGACAAUAAUCGUUCAAUCAGUCCGCAAGGAGGCUUACAAUGCGCAGUUCUUACUGUUUAUAGUGUUACUACUGCUUGCAUAUACAGAAUGACGCAUACAUAGAGGAGUCCUCUUCUGGCGACCUCCAAAAAGUUCACAAUAAGAAAACGAAUGACAGAAACCAAUACCAGGGAAAGUGAUAUGGAAAGGGAGAGUAAGAUUCUAAAGGAAUUUGAUUCCACAACCCAAACUUGCGUAAACACUAUGUCUGAUACGGUGAGUGUGGUAACAUUAAAUUCAGACCAAGAACAAGGUGACCUAAACUCUGUUUGCGUCAAAAUCGAGACUGAUGAGUGGUAUAAUGCGGCUGCUGUUUUGUAUUCUGUGUGUUCCAAAUCAGAACAGGUUCUAUUGGAAGAAAGACAACCAGAUUGCAACAAACAAGAAUACUUCAAUGUAGUACAUGAAAAAGGUGAUUUAAACUGUGUUUGCGUCAAAAUCGAGACUGAUGAAUGGUAUUCCGAUGCUACGGCUGCUAAUUUGUAUUCUGUGUAUGCAAAAUCAGAACAGGUUCUAUCGGAAGAGAGACAACCAGAUUGCAACAAACAAAAUGGAUUGAAUGUAGUACAUAAACAAACAGGAUGUUUACAGAUAGAUCAAUAUUGCACCAAACAAGAUGGCUUCACCUCCGAAUGUGUGAAAUCAGAACAAACAGAAUAUGAAAUUAUGCAUCAAGAUGCCAACGGACAAGAUUUCGUCAAUUCUACAAAAAAUGAUCCCAAUGCUUUAUGUGAUCAUACCUUUGACCAAUAUUGUUCUAGACCAACUGUGGGUGGGAAGACAAUAAAAAUGGACCAUUGCUCGAACUUGAAUGUUCAAAGACAUUCAAACUCCGAAAAAAAUGACUCAGAGAGUGCAGAGAAUGCUGUGACAACGGCUGUUCCUGUUUUUCUGAAACCAGCUAAGAAAAAAAUUAACAAAAAGGGUGACCGAGUGAAGAUAGUUAAGAGAAUUAAGAAAGCCAAGAUCCCAGAAAAAGAAAAGACUAUGUACAAUCUUCAAGAGAGGAACUUAGCCAGCUGUAUGAAUCUAGCUGCUCGAGAUAAUGACCAUUUUCUCUACUGUGGAGAAUGCAACACGGAGUUUGAAGGGGACUGCCCUGUCCAUGGACCCUAUAACUACAUACUGGACAAAGAGGUGCCAGAAGGGGACCCUCUUAAAGCUAACCAUACCGUUCCCGAUUGCCUUGAAAUCAAAACGUCCAAAAUAGCUAAAGCUGGUCUUGGGGUAUUUUCCAAGAAGGGACUGGAAUCCAGGGUCAUGUUUGGACCGUAUGGGGGCGAUAUCGUUGCUGAAAACCAGAAAUCAGGAUAUUGCUGGCAGACCUUAAAGGAAGGCAAACCGAGCCAUUUUGUGGAUGCCCAGAACAAGGCCACCUCUAACUGGAUGAGAUACGUGAACUGUGCGAUGACGGAGGCAGAUCAGAACCUUGUAGCAUUCCAGUACAAAGGAGGCAUCUAUUACUGCACAUUGAAGCAAAUUUUACCAGGAGAGGAACUGCUGGUCUGGUACGGAGACGAAUUCGCCAGAGAACUUGGCCUCAUCAGAGACAAAAACGUGUGCAGAGAUUCCAGUAAAAACAGAAGUCACUUAAAGAUACACAUGAGGAAACAUACAGGAGAAAGACAUUACAAGUGUGAGGUGUGUGAUUUUGCAUGUAAACACAGUGGUUCCCUGAAGAGACACAUGAGGAUACAUACAGGAGAGAGACCUUUCAAGUGUGAGGUGUGUGGUAAUGAAUUUAAACAUAGUGGUAACUUGAAGACACACAUGAGGAUACAUACAGGAGAAAGACCGUACAAGUGUGAGGUGUGUGGUUAUGCUGGUAAACAUAGUGGUAACUUGAAGAAACACAUGAGGAUACAUACAGGAGAAAGACCGUACAAGUGUGAGGAAUGUGGUAAUGCUUGUAAAUCAAGAGGUGCGUUGAAAACACACAUGAGGAUACAUACAGGAGAGAGACAGUACAAGUGUGAGGUGUGUGGCUAUUUAUGUAAACAAAGUGGUAGCUUGCAGAUACACAUGAGAAUUCAUACAGGAGAAAGACCCUACAAGUGUGAAGAGUGUGAUUAUGCUUGUAAAGAUAGUGGUGUGUUGAAGACACACAUUAUGAUACAUACAGGAGAGAGACCGUACAAGUGUGAGGUGUGUGGUUAUGAAUUUAAAUUAAGUGGUAACUUGCAGACACACAUGAGGAUACAUACAGGAGAAAGACCGUACAAAUGUGAGGUGUGUGGCUAUGAAUUUAAAUUAAGUGGUAACUUGAAGAUGCACAUGAGGAUACAUACAGGAGAAAGACCGUUCAAGUGUGAAAAGUGUGAUUUUGCAUUUAUAAACAGAAUUGGGUUGAAGAGACACAUGCGGAUACAUACAGGAGAGAGACCGUACAAGUGUGAGGUGUGUGGUUAUAAAUUUAAAUUAAGUGGUAACUUGCAGACACACAUGAGGAUACAUACAGGAGAAAGACCAUACAAGUGUGGGGAGUGUGAUUUUGCUUGUAAACAACGUGGUGAUUUGAAGAGACACAUGAGGAUACAUACAGGAGAAAGACCGUUCAAGUGUGAGGAGUGUGAUUAUGCGUGUAAACAAAGAAGUCAUUUGAAGAUACACAUGAAGAUUCAUAAAGGAGAGAGAUAGUACAAGUAUGAGGAUUGUGGCUAUGAAUGUAACCAUAGUAGAAACUUGCAGAUAAACAUUAUGAUACAUAUAGGACAGUUAAAGUUUGAGGUGUGUGACUAUUUAUGCCAAUAGAAUGCUAACUUGAAGACACACAUGAGGAUACAUACAGGAGAAAUACCGUAUAAGUGUGAGGAGUGUGAUAAUGCUUGUAAACAAAGUUGUGAAUUGAAGAGGCACAUGAGGAUACAUACAGGAGAGAGAGUGCACGUGUGAGAUGUUUGGUUAUUUAUGUAAACAUAGUCAUAACCUGAAGAGGCACAUGAGGAUACAUACAUGUACAGGCGAGAGACCGUACAAGUGUAAGGUGUGUGGCUAUUUAUGUAAUCAUGGUCAUGACUUGAAGACACACAUUGGGAUACAUAGAGGCAAGGGAUAGCAUGCGUGUGAGGAGUGUGCUAAUGCGUGGUGUGUUGACAAUACACAAGAGAAUUAAUACAGGAGAGAAACCGUAGUGUGAGGUGUGUUGCUUUUAAUGUUAACAUAGUGGUCACUUGCAGACUCACAUGAACAUACAUACAGGAGAAAGGCCGUUAAAGUGUGAGUGUGUAGUUAUGCAUGUUACAUGAGUGAAACCUUAAAGAUACACACAGUGAUACAUACAGAACAGAGACAGUAUAAGUGGUUAUUAAUGUAACUUUAGUGGCCCCUUGAAGGAAAACAUGAGGAUACAUACAAGAGAGAGACCGUACAGGUGUAAAAUGUGUGAUUGUGCAUGUAAAAACAGUGGUCACUUGAAGAUACAAAUGAUGAUACAUACAGGAGAAAGACCAUUCAAGUUUAAGGUGUGUGGCUAUUUAUGUAAACAGAGUGGUAACUUGAAGAAACACAUCAGGAGACAUACAGGAGAGAGACCGUACAAGUGUGAGGAGUGUGAUUAUGCGUGUACAAAAACUGGUUUCUUGAAGACACACGUGAUGAUACAUACAGGAGACAGACCGUACAAGUGUGGGGUGUGUGAUUAUGCAUGUAAACAAAGUUGUUUGUUGAAGUCACAUAUGAUGAUUCAUACAGGCGAAAGACCGUACAAGUUCAAGGUGUCCGGUUAUGCAUGUAUCUAGUAUGAUCGCAUGAAGAGACACAUGAAGAGACAUGCUUGGUUAUACUUGUAAAUAUAUUGGUGAUUUGAAGAAACGCAUGAGAGUACGUAUGGAAGAAAGACUUAAAAGUGUAAGGUGUGUGGUUAUCCAUGUUUCCAUAGGAGGAAGACUUUACAGAGUGUUAGGUGUGCAGUUAUCCAUGUAUCCAUGGGAGGAAGACUUUCAAGAUUAUUAGGUGUGUUGUUAUCCAUGUAUCCAUGGGAGUAAGACUUUAAAGAGUAUUAGGUGUUUUGUUAUCCAUGUAUUCAUGGGAGUAAGACUUUAACGAAUGUUAAGGUGUCAGGUUAUCCAUGUAACCAGAGUGGUCCUUUGAAAACUUAAAGAGGCACAUGAGAAUAUAUAAUGAUAUAAGAGAAGAAAGAGCUUAAACAUAAACAUAUAAACAAAUCUCUGAAACCAGUAGAGAGACUCCGUGACGCACGUUAUUUUUCAUGACCUUAUGAAGCAAUAAACAAUGCUUUGAUAGAGUAGCUUUCAAUUUGAAUUUAAAUUCUCUCGUCUAUUAAUUUUUAACUCGACUUUUCAAAGAAAAAAGAGAGCUAUACUACUCGCCUCGGCGUCGGCGUUGGUUAAAGUUGUUCUAUAAAGUCAAAUAACUUUAACACUAUCAAAGAUAAUUAACUCAAACUUGGAUUACUUCUUAAUGGCAACAAGACAAUUGUGUAUGAUAAGUUGCAUAACUCUGUCAGUAAUAUUUUAAGAGUUAUGCCCCUUUUUAUACUUAGAAAAUUGAAAAUUUGGUUAAGUUUUGUGUUUGGGUCCAUUUUAUUCCUAAAGUAUCAAAGCUAUUGCUUUCAUACUUGCAACACUUACUAACUAUCAUAAGUGGACUGUGCAGGCAAAGUUAUGCAACUCUUACUGGCAUUUUGACAGAAUUAUGGCCCCUUUUAUACUUAGAAAAUUGAAAAUUUUGUUAAGUUUUGUGGUUUGGUCCAUUUUACUCCUAAAGUAUCAUAGCUAUUGCUUUCAGACUUGAAAAACUCACUUACUAUUAUAAGGGGACUGUACAGGACGAUUUGUAUAUUUCUGGUUGGCAUUUUGACGGAAUAAUGGCCCUUUUUGACUUAGUUAAUUUAAAUAUCUUGUUAUAUUUAUAUGAGUUUAGAUUCACUUUACUUCUAAAGUAUCAAUGCUAUUGCUUUCAAACUUAAAAUUCUUUCUUACUAUCGUGAAGUUGCUGUACCUGGCCAAGUUGAAUUUGCCCUUGACCUUUGAAUGAUCUUGUAUCUCAAGUUUAAUUCAGUAAAUGUUGCUUAAAUUGCCAUAACUUCUUUAUCUAGGAUCAGAUUUGAUUAAUACUUACAACAACACUUACAAUGUACCUGAUAAACUAGUACCAUAAUGGACUCCACCCAAACCAUCCCCUACGCCCCCUUCCAAGAACCAACCCCCCCCCCUUAAAAAAAAAUUCCUCUCGGUAGUUUCGCAUAUAGCAGUUAAACUGUCCGUCGGUCUGUGCGUCCGUCCGAAAACUUUAUCAUUGGUCAUAACUUUGCAAUAUUGAAGAAAGCAACUUGAUAAUUGGCAUGCAUGGGUAUCUCAUGGAGCUGUACAUUUGGAGUGGAAAAAGGUCAAGGUCAUCCUUCAAGGUCAAAGGUCAAAAUUUGCAAUAUUUAAGAUAGCAACAAUAUAUAUGGCAUUCAUGCAUAUCUCAUGGAGCUUCACAUUUUGAGUUCAAGGUCAUUCUUCAAGGUCAAUUUCAAAGGUCAAAUUUUGCAAUAUUGAAGAUAGCAACUCGAUAUUUGGCAUGCAUGCGUAUCUCAUGGAGCUGCACAUUUUGAGUGGUAAAAGGUCAGGGUCAUCUAAGAUCAAAGGUCAAAUUUUGCAAUAUUGAAGAUAGCAACUUGAUAUUUGGCAUGCAUGCGUAUCUCAUGGAGUUGCACAUUUUGAGUGGUUAAAGGUCAAGGACAUCCUUCCAGGUCAAAGGUCAAAUUUUGCAAUAUUGAAGAAAGAUAGCAACUCCAUAUUUGGCAUGCAUGCGUAUAUCAUAAAGCUGCACUUUUUGAAUGGUGAAAAGUCAAGGUCAUCCUUCUAGGUCAAAGGUCAAAUAUACGGCUUCAAAGCGGCACAUUAGGGUGCAAUGUGUUUCACGAACACAGCUCUUGCUUUUUUCUUAUUUUUGAAAUAUCAUCUAAUAAAUGACCACGCCCCAACAUCAUUCCCCCUCUCAACCCCCCACACACAAAAAGAUUGUUUUUUCAACAUGGUAAAAAAAACAUUUUAUUAUUUUAUUUCUGAAAGACCGUCCAACCAUCCCACCCAACUAUUGCUAUCAAACUUGAAAUAUAAUCUUAUUAGUUUGUUUUAUGUUUUAACACAUGUUCAAUAGAUUGUGGAAAAUA